AGGCUGGUGAUUCGCUCCCUCGCAGAGAAGGGCGCAGACAGCUGUGUUCAAUGGUUUCCUACCCGAUUCCCGUAAAGCACUCCCAGCACAAACCAGCUAACGCUCUGUAGAAGUGUGCGGAUAAAAAAAAAAAAGUAAACAAGUGCAAGCAGCCCUCAUGCUCAACGCCAUGGAGUGUGCGGUGGACGCGCAGAGCUUAAUUUCCAUCUCUUUGCGGAAGAUCCACAACUCCCGGACGCAGCGAGGGGGAAUCAAGUUGCACAAGAACCUGCUGGUUUCGUACGUGCUGCGGAACGCCAGGCAGCUUUACAUGAGCGAGAAGUACGCGGAGAUCUACAGGAUGCAGCAGUACGAGGAGGUGAUGACCGUCUGCAACGAGAUCCAGGAGCUGAACCCGCUGGAGGAGGAGGUGAUGGAGCCGGCGAGCCCGUGUCCCAGCGCCACGCAGGCGGUGGCAGCAGCAGAGGCGACAGUAGAGGAGCUAGCGAAAGACCCGUCGGUCGGCACUUUCUAUCGGAGCUGCUGCUGCGCGGCGGCGAGCACGAACGAGCCCGAGGAGGAUCUGGAGGAAUACCCGCUGAACAGCUGCGAUUUCUCUCCUCCGGCCUGCACCAGGACUACCGUGCUGGACCUUGACACGCAUGUUGUGACCACGGUGGAGAACGGGUGUCUGCACCAGGACUGCUGCCCGUGCCAAAGCGCCGGCUCUCUGGCGCCGGCGCCGCCGAGGAAGCGCAAACCUGACUUUGGCUACGACGCGCCCGAGCUGCCAGACUUUGCCCCUUGUAAGCGGGCACGUUUCGAGGACUUCUCCGCCGCCGUCGCCUCCAGCACGGUGACCGCGGCCACGGAGUCUCCAGAGCCGUCCAACAUCUCGAACCUCAUCUCCAUUUUCGGCUCGGGCUUUACGGGACUGGUGAGCCGACAGGCGGACACGGAGCAGUCGCUCAACGGACAGUUCUGUAGUAAGCAGGCGCUGGCCAGCCUUGGGGCAUGGACGAGAGCCAUCGUGGCGUUUUAAUCGGGACACUUUGUACCACAAAUCUGAUAUCUAUGGAGUGCGUGAGAGUGCGAUAGAGUGCGAUUGCGUGAGUGAGCGAGUGCGCGUGUGCCGUGGCGUCCCGUCCGGGGCUUGUUCCCGCCGGGAGAGGCUCCGGCUGCCCUUGUACUGGAAGAAGCGGAUUGUGAAAAAUGGACGGAUGGAUGAAUAUACAGUAUAAAGAAAUUGUACAGAGUUUAAACAAAUGGACUUUAUUUUUGCUAAAAAACAAGUCAUAUUUAAAUUUUAAACAGUUUUCUUUUGUUAUAGUGGGGAGGGUGGGUUGUGAUACACGAGGUGCCGAUUUUCUUUUUCAAAGCUAAAAUGUCUUUGUUAAUUAUUUUCAAUUUUGAUUCUGUAGCCGCUGCCUUAACCAAACACUACAUUGUUUGCAGACCCUAUGAAGUGCUUUGCUCGAUGCUGGUGGACGCCUUUGUGAUUUUUAUUUUAAUUUUUUCCCCAUGUUGCCCCAUUUUUUUUAAAUCUGCAGAGAGAUAAAAUAGCCUUUAUGGAGAAUAAGCUUCCUCCGGUGCUGUCAUUUCAUGCGAGGUUCUAACGGGAAUGGGGGGGGCGGCUAAAGUUGACAACUGGAACUUUAACCCGGUCUCCCCAAGACCCCUAAAAAAAAAAAAAGCUACGAAAAAGCGAAGCGGUUUCACCGUUCAGUGUCGAGGUGUGGAUGUUGCGCAGUUUUUUAAAAUUUUUGAAUUAAUUCAAAUUUUGGGAGAGUUUAACAAACGAGCUUAAUAGACUGAGUGGUCUCCUCUCGUUUGUCAUUUUUUUUUAUUUUCUUAAAAAAUCAAAUGGACCGAAUCCGCAGCCGGCAUUUUCUUUAAAAAGAAAGCCACCUUGACCCAGAAUGAAGCCGCAUUUUAUUUGGGAAUAUUCUAAUCUGUCGGACUUCUUUUUCUUACUACAUAUUUUGUGAAAACGUGCUGCUCUAGUAGGGGAAAAAUAUACCAACCUUGUUCGAGGGUUUUUCUUUUCCGUGGGAUUUGUAGUCCAUUUUGUGUCAAUUUUCCCAUCAGACUCAUUAGAUUGGAAGAACAAAUUAAACUGCAGCUCCCAUGAUGCACAGCGAGAGAGCCUUUUAAUCGAAAACUUCAAGUAAUAAAAUGGAAGUGUUGCCCUCAUCUGUUCUUUACAAACAAAAAUAAUAAAUUUCAGCCUUCAUGGUAGGAAGAACAAUCAUAAUUCCAGUAAGAUUGGUCUUGUGAGGUUUUAUUUUACUUUUUUUUUGUUACUCCUUUUGUUCUAAAAAGGGAAAAAAAUCCUACACUUUUGCCAUACGUUAUUUUUCAGAGUAUAAUAAGCACUAUGUGUAUUUAAAAUACGUACGUUUCAUAUUUUGGUUUCUAUGCCUGUAUUUUUGUGCAUAUUGAAUUAAAUGUAUAUCACCGGGUAAAACUGUUUGAAAUAUUUGUUUAAAUUUAUAAUCUUAAUAAAAAAGUCAAUUUUA